GCCUAUUAAUAUUAAAACAAUGGCACAGGAUAAGCUUGAAAAUUUCGAAGAAAUAUGCAUGCUUGGAGAGGGCUCCUUUGGUACCGUCUUCAAGGUUAAAGACAAGAAGACAGGGGAUAUUUAUGUCCUCAAAAAGGUCAGCACCAAAGAUAUGGAUGAAGAGGAUAUUCAAGAUGCUCAACAGGAAUUUAUGAUACACAAAACAAUAAAAAGCGACUACAUUGUAAAAUACGAAAGCCACUUUGAAGAUCAAGGAUUUAUCUGAAUAUUACUUGAAUACAUGGAUAAUGGAGACGUUGGCCAAUAUUUGAAAUGGUAUUCCUCAGAGCAGCUGUUACCAGAGCCAAAAGUAUGGCAGAUAUUCAUCCAAGUUUGCCUUGGAGUUCAAUAUCUUCACACUCGCAAAAUUCUACAUAGAGAUCUCAAAACUAUAAAUCUCUUCCUGAACAAAGAUAUGACCUUGAAAAUCGGAGAUCUAGGUGUUGCAAAAGAAGUAAAAGAAGCCUUCACAGAAACAGUAGUUGGGACGCCUUACUAUCUUUCCCCAGAACUUUGAGAAGAAAAGCCAUAUAACAAUAAAAGCGACAUAUGGUCUCUUGGUUGUAUCCUAUAUGAGCUUUGCACUCUAAAGCAUCCAUUUGAUGCGAAGACUCAAGGUGGAUUAUUCCUCAAAAUUAUCAAAGGGAAUUAUUCUCCAAUUUCUACUGCUUACUCUCCUGAAAUAUCAGAAAUCAUAGAUAAAUGCUUGCAGAAGAAUUGCAAGGAUAGACCAACCAUCCAGGAAAUUCUAGAAAACGAGAAGUUGAUCGAAGAAGCCAACAAUCUCUGAAUAGUGAUCCCAACAGAAGAUGAGAUAAAAGAAAUGGUUGAUGGUCAGAGAACUGAUUUCCUUACUACCUACAAAAAGAAGAAAGGAUCUCUGUUCAAGAACACUCUCAAGAAGAGGGUAGAAGCCAAUCCUGACAAAUAUCGGACUGUCCAGGUAGUUGAAGCGAGGAAUAUCAAAAAUGAUCCUCCAGUGGAACCAAAAGCUAAGAAAUUUUCUGGGUCUAAGAAGAAGCCCAAAAAGGAGGUUCAUAGUAUGGUUGUUGACCAAGAGAAAUCUAUUAAAAAACUCUCAAAUACGAAGUCUAGAAGGAGUGGGGAGAAACCAGCAGUUUAUAAUAAGAAGUUUAUUGUAGGAGGUAAAAACCGCCCAAGUUAUAAAAAGUUAUCCCCAAAUGCAAAAUUCCCUUCUUCUAAGUCGAAGGGUGAAGUACAAAUUAUAAAAAGAAAUUCCGAAAAUUCGAAAGAAUCUAAAAACAUGAAACCAUCUGUUAUCCCAAAGAGGCCUCUGAGCGGGAAUAAGCCUUCUUACAAUUAUUCUAAGCCUCUGAGGCGUCCUCAGACUGCUGCCAACGGGAAAGGAGGAAAGUCCCAGCUUUCUCAUAGAGAGAAGGAAGAAAAGAAAGUUGCUAAGAAAACAAAAGACAACACGAAAUUUAAGCCAGCUCUCAAAAAACAGUUAACUAAAGAUAUUGAAGUCAAGAAAGAUUACUCGAAGCUUGAUAUGAAAUAUAAAAAUGCCAAAGCUCCUUCUGGAGUCAUCAGUAUCGAACUUUUCGAUAUGGAUAACAGCAAAGAAAAAGACCAGCACCUAGACCAAGAUGCAAAGAAAAAGCUCAGACCUUAUGUAAAAUGUAACAGCCAGUGCACAGAAGUGCCCAAAUCAAUGAAAGAUAGCAAGAAAAAGGUAAAUCGGAUGAAAAAGUUGCACUCACACUCAGACUACGACAACAACCUCAAAAUCCCUUUGAACCUGCUAGGUGAUGAUUUUUGCCCAAGAGAUAUUAAAGGUGAAGAGACUAAGAAACUCGAGGCACCCAAACCUGCACAAAAAGUGAAUAAAACUUCAAUGCUGAUAGCCCAAGCUAAGGAAAGAAGGAGCUCAAAACUAGGAAAAAGUAUUGAUGUUGAUUGAGCAUCUCUGCUCAAGAGGGCUUCUAAUAAAGAUUGUUCAAAUGAUGAAUUUGAUACGAAUCCUUUCGAUGUAGUCAGCGAUAUUAGAAAUAAAAAAGUUAGAAAUACAGUUUGAGGUGCUAGAGAAGUAGGAGAGAAAGAUACAUCCUCAUCUCACUCCCAGAACUCCUCAUUCGAAGUGAUCAAUUCUGAUGAAGGAGAGGAAACUAGUGAAGAAGAUGUAAAAGAUAACCCAUUUGAUUCCAAAGAAGAGAACUUCGAUGAAGAUAAGAAUUACGUCGUUCCUCCAUACGGAAAUACAGGACUAGAUGAUAUAAAAGAGGAGGAAGAAAUCCCAGUCGCUCAAGACAAACCAGACGACAAAAAUAUGUCAAAUAUCUCCCACUCAGAGCUUCCCUCGAGCACCCUUGGAAGUUACAACGCAUCACUCGGCAGUACAUUAAACGAUACUAACAUUCCCCCAACCUUGCCAAAACAAAAACUCGGAGUAACCACCAGCGACUAAACCCCCCACUCCAUAAUCUGUAAGAAAUCAAAGAUCUAGCCCCAGUGGCUAAAUCUUCGAAUGUUUCAUUACAAGUCCAUUGGAAAUAUCCUUCAUGAAUAAAUUCGUUAAUUUAUAAAUAUUG